AUGGCCUGCCAUACUUUCACCAGCCACACACAACCAUUUCACCGUGAGCUGACCGGCCUUGAAAGAGAGGUUCGUCCUAACGAGGUACGUCCUAAAGAGGUUCGUCCUAACGAGGUUCGUCCUAACGCGGUUCGUCCUAAAGAGGUUCGUCCUAACGAGAUGGUGGUGGCAGAUGUCUUCAAUCAUCGUUUCUAUAAAAUCUACAACCCUGAAGAAUCUCUGAGCUGCAUUCUGGACCGGGACGACAUCUUCGUGUACGAGCUGAGCGCUCAGGACGAGGACGCCGUGCUGCUGGCGCUCUACCUGCGGGAGCGCUCUCAGUACCGGGACUACGGGUCAGGCAGCAGCUCGUAUGGAACCACUCUGUUCGGACACCCGCUGCUGCUCAACGUGCCGCGCAGCAGCUGCAGCCACGAGGAGCUCUACCAGCUGUUCCUGCAGCGGCUGGCGCGCUACGUGAGACCCCCGGACCCGUCUGAUGAGCUGGAGGAGGAGGAUGAUGAUGAUGAGGAGGAGGAGCUGUAUAAGACUCAAACUAACGGCUUCAGUGAUGACGAGCAGAACAACGUGGAGCCAACCGGGCCUUCUGCACCAGAACCCUGCUGCAGUGACGCCUCUCCAAACAGCCAGUCAGACGGCACGGCGCCGACCAAGUCUGAGCCCGACGCCAACCACGCUCAGAGCCUCCUGGAUCGAGUCGAUGCAGCGAUCAGCAACGGCUCCCAGACCAAACCCGCCGCCGCCGGCAGCAGACCCGAGGACACGUACGCCUGCGGGGACGCCAGACCCGACACCGGCGGCAGCUCAAAACCUCCAGCAGAACCACCGCGGCAGCUCUGCGGCGCCACAGGAGGAGGAAAUGAGGAAGACGAGCAGGAGGAGGCUCGCUCUCUGAGCCCGCCUCCCAACGAGCUGCCAGCGAAGAGGAGGGCGUGUCGUCGGAGGAGGCGGAGCCUCUUCACCAUCCAGGCGGUCAACUCCAAUGGCACAACGGAGAGGGGGACAGGAGAGGGAGGGAGCGCCGUGUCCUUCAGCUCUCAGCCCUACGUGGCCAUCGACUGGGACCUGGACAUGAAGAAGAGGUUCUACAACGAGAACGAGGCCGAGCGCUACGUGAAACACGGCAGCAUGGAGGUUCCUCAGCAGCAGAGCACGGUUCAGCUGCAGCAGUGCAUCGAGCUCUUCACCACCCGGGAGACGCUGGAGGACGAGAACCCCUGGUAA